AUGAAUAAUAAUUUUGGAUCCCACUUCCACCUCAAAACUGAUUUACCCAUUCUCCCUCAAUCAGAAGUUUUUAUUAGACAAUUUUCACAAGAAAAUGAUGCAAUUUGUAAUAAUCAUGCUCGCACUUUCAGUUUAGGAAUCGACAAGGUUGGCUCUGAUAAAUUCAACACCAUCUCAUAAAUUGACACAGGGAAACAUGAACCCAACCUAGCCAUCCCUCUCAUUAUCAAAUAAUAAACGGGAUCAGAAUUCUAAAUUAAUGUUGAUAAUAUCAUCUAAUUCAAUCAAUAAUCUCUAACUUUUAUGAACUCCAACUAUGCAACCAAUAAUUUUAUUAAACUCGCAUCAAAUAAUGAAUUAAUGCAAAUUGAAGACGAUAAUCGACCAUUCACUCCACCACAAGAAGAACAUAAUUACGAAAUUAAUAACUUAAAUUAUGUGAUGCAAUCCCCACGAAAAUCAUGCAAAUUCAAAGCAGCUGGCAACUUGGUCUUGGGAAUACGAAGAUUAUAGCAAAAUGUUGUUGAAUAAAUUACAUCUUCAGAAUAAUUUUAUGAAAAAUUUAAUCCAAGCCCUUGUUAAACUACAAAGAACAUUCAUAAAGUUCAUCCAAUCUAAGAAUCGAAGGAAUUUUAAGUGAUCGAUAUGCUCAAUCAAUUUAAAUUAGUUUUCCAUUUAACUCAACAUUCAAUGAGAGGCUCCUAUGAGGACAUCCAAUAAAUGAUCAAAUUAUUGUAGAGGGAUCCAAAAAGAAAUCUCACCAAUCCUUAAGACCCAAAUCACAUCGUUAAUUAAUUUAAUCAAUAUGGAUAAAAUUCAUUAUAUAUAGCUUGCAAAAAUGGCAAUGAUAAAGUUGUUAAAUUUUUACUCUCCCUUGAUUGCAAUGCACAUAUCAAAAGCAAAGUCUAUGAUGACCUUUCAGAAAGUCCAUUAGAUGUAUCUGUCAGAUGGCAUCAUUAUGAAUGUGUCAAAUUACUUUUAGAACAAAUCAAAUAUACUGAUGCCGAAUUGAGAUCAGCUCUUAAGAUUAGUUAAAAUCCAGAAAUCACCAACCUGAUCAAAAGAAAAAUGAGUUCCUCGUUAUUCUCCUGCUGUCUCUGA